AGGAUUGUUAGGUGGUUACGGCCCUCCCUCUCGUGCGCAUGCGCAGUGGUUCUGGGACAGAGAGCAGCAGUGUGUGAUGUGUGUGUGAGAGGAGUUGUGUAGACGCCAUCCUGAAUGAAGGACCUUCCCUGCAGAGCUCCACACGCUGUUUCUGAUCUGUGCAGUGCGUUAAGAUGGCCAGCAGUACCCAGUUCACCAAGGACCUUUGCACUCCAGCUUUCACUGUGGACCUGGAUACUGUGAGAAGAAACUCAGACGCAAUGCUGGACCGCUUCCUGAGGCUCGGGGUGCAGCUCAGACCUCACAUGAAAACCCAUAAGACCAUUGAAUGUGCAGACAUCAUGACCAGGGGCUCACGAAGGUGCAUUGUGGUGUCCACCCUGGCUGAGGCUUCUUUCUAUGCUGAUGGUGGUUAUGAUGAUAUCCUCUACGCAUAUCCAGUAACCUCUGACAAAGUACAACGCUGCGCAGAAUUAUCAGAGAGGCUUUCUUUAUUCCAUGUACUGGUGGACAACAGCUUGGCCCUGCAAGAGCUGAAGGCGAGACCACUGAAGCAGGGCAAAGUCUGGAAUGUCUGGUUGAAACUGGACUGUGACAAUGGUAGAGUGGGCAUUCCUCACUCAGAUCCUGCUGCUCUACAGUUAGCCAAGGAAAUUUCAGAGGCAGAAGGGGUGGAGCUUACAGGAAUCUACGCCCACUGUGGAAACACCUACGGCUGUAAGGGAGAGGAGCAAAUUAAGGCUAUUGCCCAAGAAACGACAUCAUCUGUGUUGCAGUUUGUAGAGAAGCUAAAAGCUGUAGGAAUCCAGGAUGUGAAAUCUAGCAUUGGUUCCACCCCUUCAUGUAGCCACCCAGUUUUAGACAUGGCUAUGUUAAGUGAGGUCCAUCCUGGAAAUUAUGUAUUUUAUGAUGUGCAGCAGAUGCUCAUUGGCUCCUGUAGACUUGAGGACAUUGCAGUGCGGGUGCUGACGAGGAUCAUAGGUCACUACCCGCAUAGGAACCAGCUCUUGGUCGACUGCGGCUGGGCCGCCUUGAGUCAUGAUGGUGGAGGCCGUUUACCAACUGGCUAUGCAAUCAUUGACGGCCAUCCAGAUCUAAAAUUGGUGUCAAUGACUCAGGAACAUGGCAGAGUGGAGCCUAUCUCUGAAAAACUGGAUUUCAGUCAGUUCCCUCUGGGCUCCAUGCUGUCCCUCUUGCCUUACCAUGCUUGUGCUACAGCUAUGAUGCAUCCAGUCUACAUUGUCCAUUCCAAAGGAAAGGUUGUAGGCACUUGGAAACCCACACGUGGAUGGUAACCAGCAAAAAAAAAAAAAAACACAACAGCAAGACUGCUAUCUGGAGUGCUUAUUAAUCAUUCAGCUAUUAAAAUGAGGAGAAAUGGUUUAGUUAAUAACAAAAAUUUGAUUAAUGUGUUCAGUUUGAUCUUUAUUGAUGUUUGGGGUAUAACAAUGAAAAUUAAUUAAUUAAAUCGGUUUUCUUAUGAUCUAUAAGAUGGUAUAAGGCACAUCAGAUCAAGUUACAUAAUAGAUUUUCUUUGCAUUUUAAAUCAAAUAACAGAAUAAAACACUGAUCUCACUUUUCACAGGGGUAAAUAUUUUACCCUGGCAAGGUGAAAGUUAAACGGUAAGAUUUUUUCUUAACGCACAUAGUACAGACCUACGCUAUAUCACCAGAAGUAUAUGGACACCUGCCCAUCACACUCGUAUGUGGUUUUUUCCCCAAACUAUUGCCACAAAGUUGGAAGCACACAGUUGUAUGGAAUGACUGUGUGCUGUAGCAUUACAAUUUCCCUUCACUGGAACUAAGAGGCUGAAACCUGUUCCAGCAUGACGAUGCCCCUGUGCACAAGGCGAGCUCCAUGAAGACAUGGUGUGUGAAGGUUGGAGUGGAAGAACUCGAGUGUCCUGCACAGAGCCCUGACCUCAACCCCACUGAACACCUUUGGGAUGAACUGGAACACCGACUGAACCCCAGACCUCCUCACCAACAUCAGUGCCUGACCUCACUAAUGCUCUUGAAGCUGAAUGAUCAGAAAUCCCCACAGCCACGCUCCAAAAUCUAGUGGAAAGCCUUCCCAGUAGAGUGGAGCUUAUUAUAACAGCAAAGGGGACUAAAUCACAUAUGGGUGUGAUGAUCAGGUGUCCAAAUACUUCUGGCCAUAUAGUGUACAAUUCCAUGAAAGUGGUAUACAGGCAGCUAUGGUGCGUAAAGAGUGAAUCCCAAAGGCUUCCUGUUGAACAUAGACUCUAUUACAUUCUUUUUCACGAAGUGUAGUGUACUACUUUAUGGGCUGCUCCCCUCACUACAUGAAGAGGUGUAUCUACAAUUCCACUCCUAAAUAAAAAUGUGAAUGAAGAACUCA